GGGCGAUACUUUCAGGGGAAAGGUGAUCAAGAUGAUGAAGGGACAGUAUUUAAUGAGGGAAUCUUAGUGCCAUUGAUGGUCAAUACGCGCAAAUACGGAAGUAACAUUGAUUGGGUAAGGAAAGAAUUGGAUAAUGAUAAAGUGAGAGGCAAGAAGGAGAAGAUGAUGAUGAAGAGAAUAAGAUUGUAAACUUGAAAACCAAGUUUUGAUGAAAAAAAAGAGAUCCAUAAAGACAUUGAACUUGAUGGUCGAAAGGAAGCUGUCCAAAAAUUAGUUGAUGUCCGUAGUUGAUUGAUGCAAAAAAAGAGUGAGGAAAGAUAUUUCAAUAAACAUAAUUGAUUAACAUUGAUUGGAAAGUUGUAAUAAUGUUGAUUCCAUUCAUUUUUGAGGUGAUCACCGUAUUGUUUAACAUUACUCCAAUCUUGGCUCAAUCAACUUGUGGUCCUAAAGUCAGUGCUCGUCUAUUAAUGGAUAUACCAUGUGAUAUGAGUAAAUCAAAUUUCUGUGAACUAUCUGGAACCAUUUAUCCAUGGGCUGCAGUCAGACGAUAUAUUUAUGAAAACCAAGGAUUGCUCAGGCGUAUGUAUGGAGAUCAGCGUCAUUAUCAAAUAUUGACUAAUGAAAUUCAAGAUUUAAGGGAAAAAUAUGACAAUGUUUUCAUCAAUAACAAGGAGACUAAAUUUUACGAAUCCAAUCACAUAUUUAACCAUCAAACUCCAUUCAAUAAAUAUCAACCCCAGUUUCGUCCGAGAUCAUUUUUUUUGGAACAAGGUGAAGAGGAUAAUGAAGAAGACACAGUUUUGGGUGAACAGGAUAAAAAGGUGGAAAGUAAAAGAGAUGAUGUGGUCACCAGUGUUGUUAAAAGUGUAAAUGAAACACAGACAUCAUCAAUUGACAACCGGACAGUCAGUAGUGAAAACAAUGUUCACAGUGAUGUUAAAACAGUCAACAAUGAAACCAACUAUAAUCAAGCGUUUAAUCUCGCAGAAAACAGUGAAGAUGGUGAUAAUAAAGAGUCAACAACCAUUCAGACUCCAUCAGAUAUCUUGACAUCAACAAAUGUACAAAACUCUCCAAGUGAUAGUGAAUAUUUAGAGGCAGCAAUGACAACAACACCAGAUUAUAAUUCACCACCAACUGAAUCACUGGACCCAGGUAUGACUAUUGCUGAAAGGUUUUAUAUGGUUGCAAGUAAUGAGCAAAAGGCACCUGAAACAUCACCGUCAACCAUUUCAAUGAGCAAUGGACAUGAAACAUCAUCGACAAGCACAAGUUCAGCGGCUCCAAAUCCAUUAACGGAUAACGGUUCAAGUGAGGAAAGCAAUAACAGUCAACCUUCCCAACCCUCUAUAACCCCUGAUCCAGAACAGCCAAAGAGUAAAGGUGUGAAUGCAUGUCCAGUUCGUGAAGAAGUGAUCGCUCCAUACUGGGCUAAUAACACCCGUGGUGAAAUAUUGGCUCUACUCAAUGUUUACCCCUUUGAACAAUAUGUUCAUUGGGAAAAAUGUGCCCACGAAAAUAGUCAAAUGUUUUGCCGAGAUGGUUGUCGAUGUGAACAACAAUACCGUCUACACCGGUUACUUGCUUUUGACCCAAAAAAUGAAUGCAGAGGAAUAUUUGCCGAUUGGUUUCGUUUCCCAUCUUGUUGUGUUUGUAUUUGUUACGAUUUACCAGAAUCAAAUAUCUUUUAUCGAACUACGAAAAGAAAAAGUCGCUUGUAAAUUACAUUAAAAACAAUAAACUAUUCAACACUUUUGCUAAA